AUGGGAGCAAAACGUACACCGAAGAAGAACAAGGGUAAUGCAGCUGCUGAGGCAGUUGCUAUUCUGGAAAAGCGCAUUCAGGACUCUCAGAAAGUGGCGCAAGACCUUGAUUACGGCCCUUUUAUAUUCAUGCCCCACGAAUGGCGGGUCGCUGUCGAUUUUGCCAAGUUUCCAUUGAAAUCUGCACCACCGUCUGUCCCGAAAUUCCAGGAAGAAAAGGUUCCCAUGACACCGGUUGGCAUUAUCAAAGACUUGCCAUACAGCUACGAUAACUUGCAUGAUUGUUUUUACCGAUUGGCAUACACCACAACAUUCCUAAAAGCAAAGACCUGCUCGCCAUGGUACGAGCUAUGUGAUUCCACAGGGAAAACAGUGAGAUCAGAGGACUGCUGUCUGCUCCCGUCGUAUAACAACGACAUCGAUCGGCUUAAGGUAGCGAAAUCAUCGUUUGAAGAACAGAUUAUGCAACUUGAACAAGCCUACGGCGAGUACACAUUUAAGAUGGUUCAUUUUCGCAAUGAACAACGAGCAUGGGAGGUGGCUUUACUAUCAUCAAUCCACCAGGCCAAGCUCUCGCCAAUCCACGACGACAAGACUAUGGCAAAAAUCUGUACAUGGGAAAGACAACAGCUGCGCAAGGAAGACGAUGGCCAAUUUGAUACGUUCUAUUAUGGCAAUGCAACAGUGCCAGACAAGCGCCCUGUAUAUCCCUUGCAAUGGAACAGACCGCGCGGCCCCCCCUUACCCCAAUUUGUGCCACAACAACUGAAGGAUCUACGGUCAUCGAUCGACAAAGUUAAUCAGGCCAUCUCUAACCUUACCGAACUCCAGACUCAAAGCACGACGGGUGCCAGCCACAACAAACGCUCGUUUUUCAAGCUUAGUAAUGAUGAAGAUGAAGACACCGAACAACUCACAUUGCCUGACAACCUCUCACUCUACCUGGACUGGGUAGCUUAUAGACACGCAGUCUGGGAUGCUGCUGGUCUACCCGGGCCAGACGAGGACCUACUCGAAAAGUACAAUCUCCCUCAGCAUAUUGACAGUGAUCGCAUUGCAUGGUCAGCAUCUCUUAAACAGUUGGGAGUGACGAGACUAAGGAUUGAUGAGGAUCUCACGGCCUUUCCAUGGGGCAAACCGGCAAUUGCGCUACAACGCACCCUAGAAAAAGCGACAGGAUAUACCAAGGACUCAUUGUUUAGCGACAAAGCAAUGAAGGCACUUAGACGCAUCGAACAGUGGUACUUCACCUGUAAUGCCGCCGAUAGGACAGCACUUUCAUCGAAAGUCGUUGAUGAAUGGGCGAUCACUGCCAAGGGCAGGACAUACGUGAUACAAGCUCUCGAACAACUUGGUGCCACAAAAGAAACACACCCCACUUUCUUUGCAUGA